CUCUUCGUUCUUCCGUGACCUUUGCUGAGAGAGGUUCCGCCGGCGCCGCCGCUCUGUCCAUUCCCCGACUCCGGCGCCACAGCCCCAGAUGGAGAGGAACACGACGGUGGACAGCGACUCCUCGGACGUCUUCCUCACCUCCCCGUCCCCAUCCCCGACUACGCCGUCUGCGCCGCAGUCGACGUCUUGGUCGUCCUCGCCAUGGACGUGACCGACUUCUACUGCACCCUGUCGUUUACCGGGGGAUCCGGGGUCACCUCGACAACAAGGAAGGCGCGGGCCACGGCCGGCGCCCUUCCCACCUCGUGCUACAGAGAUCGACCCGUGGCGACCGAGCCGACGGACGGGGGCGAGCGUUCUGAGGGAAGGGGAGGCCAUAGCUCAACGGGUGCUCAUAUUGUCCUCUAGGGAGGAGCAAGGCUGCUCAACGGUGGCUCCCGACGACGGCCACCGCGGCGCCAUGUUCAACGCAUUAGCAUGCCGGCGAGGUGCUUCCGGCCACCAGGACGCGUCGGCAGCGACGCGAGAUGGCGUCCAGCGCAACGCCUGGGCUACCUCCUGCACGUCUCCCGCCACAGCGAACACCAUACAGAUUGGAGCGCGGUGCGUAAACCAUCAGCCAAGGACAAGCUUACCAAUGGCAAGGCUGAUUCCCUCCAAAACCAGGAGUAUGUCCUUGCUUAUGAAGACAAGGACGGCGGCUGGAUGCUUGUUGGUGACCUUCAGUGGGACCCCUUGCAAUCAUUUGAGGCAAUCUCACAUGGAUGUUCACUAGGCUACAAGCACUGGAUAGCAAACUUACAUUUCCUCAUAUGCCGUUUGUUUACAUGCCGGAAACUGAAAAUCAUGAUGGAUGACACCGAUUUCUACCCUGAUGAUGACAAAGACCUGAGCCGCAAGCAUAAGUUUAAGACUUGGCGUAGCAAGAUCGACGGCACAGGUUCCGGUCUUUAUGGCGAGGCUGAUUGUAAUUUCAUAUGAUCAUGCUCUCCGGUGUUUAGUUUACGAUGUUUCGAACUGGAGUUUGGUACUACAAGUAUAUUUACAAACGUUUAGUGCUCUUGCAACAGUUGAGACAUACUCAUAGCAUUUGUAUGGAAUUGUGGAAGUACUCAUGAUUAACAUACACAAGCCAGAUUUGGUAAAGGAAAAUGCCUCACUGGUUAAUGGAGA